UGGAACAAAAUGAGCUGUCAAAAGGGAAAUUCGGCUCGCUCGAGACCGCAGAAGCAUCAGAAUAGACAUGCAUUCAAAAAUAAUUUGCACGACACUUCGCAUACGACAAAGACGAUAAACAAAAUCCAGGUUGUCAACGUCUGUGAAAAGUGCAAGAAAGUCAUCGAGUGGAAGAUAAAGUACAAGAAGUACAAGCCGUUAAAGGCUCCGGGUAAUUGCUGCAAGUGUGAGCAGAGGUGCGUUAAAUACGCGUAUCACAUCAUGUGUGGACCUUGUGCUAGUAAGCACGAGGUCUGUCCCAAGUGCGGGGAAAAGACUGAGGUUGUCAAGCCCAGUGUCGAGGAUAAACCUCUGACGCUCGACAGGGAACUCAGGCUGAUGCUCAAGACCUUGCCUGAGAGGCGUAGGAGGACGUUUAUGCGCUACAUGAAUAGAAAUGGUAUCAAAAAAGAUGCGACUCAACCGAGCGAUUCCAAGGAUGAUCCAGAAGAAGAAGAGUAUGACGACGACUCGAAUUCAGACACAGAAACGCUCACUGCUGAAGAAUCGCCGCUGACUCGAGAUGAUUUAGUUAAUAAAUUAAAAUCGCUGAUGGUUACGAAGAAGAAGAGCUUCGAUGACUCAGAUUGGGAUUCCGACGAGCAUGCGACAUCUAGCUCCAGUUCUAGUGACAGUGAUAAUGAUACUAAUAAUGAUGGGAGCAGUGAAGAUGAAGAUGAUGAUGAUGACGAUGAUGAUGAUGAUGAUGAUAAAAAAAAAUAA